AUGCGCGGUGACCAUGGCAUUCCAGGAUGCCGCGUUCAAUCUGGGAAAGCGGUGGAAGAACGUCUCGGCCUGAUCGAUGGCCCCGUUCUGGGCAUAGGCAGUGAUGAUGAUGUUGAAGGAAAAAUCGUUGGGGCGAGCGAUGGCGUCGAAGAUCCUGCGCGCGUCGCCGAGGCUCCCGCAUUUGCCAUACAUCUGGACGAGCAAAUUCGCGAGGUAGAUGUCGCUCUUGAGCCCGCUGGAAUCGAUCUGGGCGUUGAUGGCCAGACCGAGACAAAGGGGCAGAUCAAGCUUCGAUUCAGGACAGCCUCUGGGAAAGACGUUGUGUGCAUUCGAUCCUUUCAGCUCACGCAAAAGGCGUCAAAGAUGGAAUACAAGGCCAUCGAGAGUGUUCUUCAGACAAUCAACACUCACACCGGAGAGAAAGUGUGCCUUAGUUAUCGCUGUGCGGACAUGGACAGAGAGGUUCCAGCUCUCAUGGGCGUAUCGAAGGCCAUUUUGGAGAACGUGAUUUUUGUGCAUCAGGACGAGGCGAACUGGCCAUUGUCGGAAGCUUCUGUUCUGAAGAAAAAGUUCGAUGACAUUUUUUCGGCGACCAGAUACACGAAGGCCCUGGAUGUCAUCAAGAAGCUCCACAAGGACCAGACACAAGAAAUCAAGAUGCAGAAACUGAAGCUUGAAAACGUGCAAACGCUCAAGGAUGCAGCGUACAAGCUGCAAGAAACUAUCGACGGCGAUCAGCAGAAGACAAAGCAACUGCAAGACUUGAUAGCCAUUCUGACUCCAAAGAUCCAGGCUGCGCAGGCUAAGAUAAACUCUUUAGAGGGUGUUCUGGAGGAAAUAAGGCAGCUGCAGAAAGAAAUAAAUUUCAAAGAUGGCGUCAGAACUUCUGUGCUAAAGGCAAAGACCGAGCAGUACAAUGCGCUGGAGGAGGAAAACGAAGACAGCGAUGAAGAUCUGGCUGAAUGGCAAGAAAAGUUUCAUGAAAGGAUUGCGCAGUCCAACAAAGAGAUUUGCGAUCUUCAAAGGAGCUUGGAUGCUGCUAACACGCAAUAUGACACCCUGUCUGAGUUGAUUGCUCAAGCGUCUACACAAGUCGGAAAGUUCGAGGGAGAAGAAAAUGCCCAUCUUCAAGAUAAAAAGCAGUGCGAUGCCCUUAUACAACAGCUUUUUGACCGUUACAAACUUGGCAAUCUGGUGCUUCCACUUGAUGAACAGGCGACAGAAAGAUCCAUUGCUAGGAUUACAAAUCGCCUGGAAGAUUUGAAGCAGGAUCAUGCUAAACUUACGAAAUUUCACGAGAAGGAACUAGCUACAUUUUCAAAAAAACUGGAUGACGUCAACCAGAAAUACAGCGAUGCUAGUGGAAGAAAGGAUGGAAAAAUUGGUCAGAAGAGGUCUAUAGAAAAGCGUAUUGACGAGCUAAGAACCACCUUCCGGGACACGUCAACUCUCGAGGGCGAGUUAAGAAGAAGCGCAGAGAGAGCUGCAUCAAUGGAUACGGAAGUUAAAAGAAUGCAGAGGAAAAUGGACGACAUGAACUUUGAUGAGCUCAUCAGCGAAGAACGAAAAAAUAAGCUGGGCAUAGAGCAAAAGAUUCGGAGCUUGCGUUUGGAAAAAGCCAAUCUAGACCGAGAUGCCGAUGACAGACGUAGCCUGAAGCUAAAAGCGGACGAUCUAGCGUCUCAACAAAGGAACCUCAAGAAACUGAUGGAAGAUAACAAGGACAAAUUCAGGUUAACUUUGAAAACGCAACCUAAGGAUCCUAAGACUGUGAAGUCAGAUGUGGAGCUUACAUUCGGCAACAUCUCUAAGGCAUACGACGAGCUUCUUGAUAGAUCCCGAGAUGCCGAUAUGAGAGUUGCACAGGCACGCGCAAUGCUUGACGAUGCAAAGUCUACACUUGCGAAGCAGCAAGAAGAGAAAGAAGCUAAACGGAAGCUCUUGAUUAGCAGGCUUUACAGUCUUUUUCAACAGGAUUUGAAUCCCAGCAGUUAUCCAUCAAAGUUACGCGAACUCUCUGACGCAAGAGAUUCGAGCAAAAGCCAGCAUGACAUGGCUGACGGAAUGCGGCGAAUGUUUGACCCGUUCGAGCGAAUUGCAAGGGCAACUCAUGCAUGCCCGUGCUGUGAACGACCUUUUGCCACUCCUGAGGAGGAAGACGAGUUUGUUGACAAGCAACGAGUAAAGCGCUCAUCUACUGCACAACGCCUGCAUGAAUUGGCGUCCUUGACCAGCAUUGCGGAUAAUAAAUUUCAGCAGCUGGAUAAACUUCGGCCGUUGUUUGAGGAAUACCAAAAGCUAGAGAGUCAAGGAAUUUCAGCUACGGAGAAAUCUAUCUCGGACAUGACAAUGGAGCUUGAGAGAAGUACAGAAACGCAAAAUGACGUAUCUUGUCUCCUAGCACAGUCCAAAGCCGAGCUUGGCUUGGUAACAGAGCUUCGAAUUACUGCGCAGUCGAUCGAGGAAGCUUAUACGAGCGUUCAAAACCUCGAAAGGGAGGUCAGAACGCUUCAAAAUCAGCUUAACCCUGAGUCAUCUCUGCGGUCCCCAGAUGACGUAGGAGAAGAACUUGAAAAGCACGAGAAACAACUGGAAGAAUUAAAUCGAAAGCUCGAUAGGCUUAAGGAAGAACAUGACUACAUGAAAGACGAUCUUGCAAACUGCAAGCAGAGGAAACAUGCUGAGGAGAUGAAGAAAGCAGAUUUAGAGAAAAAGCUAGAACGGAACAAAGCUUUGAAGGAGGAGGAAGCUAGCUUGGUUAAACAGAUGAAUCAAAUCGACACUGAAAUUCAGUUUGAAAUGGAGCAGCUGGAGCCUCUAGCAGAAGAAAAAGAAAGGCACCUAAAAGAGUUCGAUCAACUUAAGAGAAAGUUUAGACAAGAGCAGGAUGUUAGCACUCAGGGCGUAAACGACUUCGACAAAGAGGUUCAUUCCUUAACGAAUAUCUGGGGAAAGAUUAAAGAUUAUGUGGAGCGUCAUAAAACACACAACGUCCAGACCGCGAAGAGAAGGUUGUCUGAGCUGCAGGCGCAGAAGGACGAAGAAGAGUCCAAAAAAAGCUUUUGCCUUGCGGAAGUUCAGAGAGUGAAUAACGUGCUCGCGCAGCAGAAAGUCAUCGAAAGAAACAUUGCCGACAACAUAAAAUAUCGUAAGCUUUGCGCAGAGGAGCAGAAGUGCAUCCAGGAAAUUAAAGCGCUGGAAGAAAGAAUGCUGGCAAUUGGAAACACAUUGGACUUCGAGGGAGAACUGAAGAAAGCUUUGAAAGAAAAACAGCAUCUAAUGGGCGAGGAGAGCCGUCACAAAGGAACUAUUGCGGUGCACGAAAGCAACAUAGCAAGGAACAAAGCAGACUUAAAGCAGCCGCAGUACAAAAAUAUCGACAAGCGUUAUCGAGCCCAGCUCAUACAGCUUAAGACGAUGGAAAUGGCGAAUAAGGAUCUGGAUAAAUACUAUAACGCACUGGAUCGAGCCCUGAUGCGAUUCCAUACCAUGAAGAUGGAAGAAAUCAACAAAAUAAUCAAAGAGCUCUGGCAGCAGACAUACAGGGGACAAGAUAUCGACUUUAUCGAAAUAAGAGCCGACGCCGAAGGAACUGGCACCCGUUCUUAUAGCUAUCGGGUGGUAAUGAGGGCGGGAGGCGCAGAGCUCGAAAUGCGUGGCCGCUGCAGUGCUGGGCAGAAGGUCCUCGCUGCCCUGAUCAUUCGCUUGGCUUUGGCUGAGACGUUUUGCCUCAACUGCGGGAUUCUGACGCUGGACGAGCCUACGACAAACUUGGACGCUCAAAACGCUGAGAGCUUUGCAGCUGCGCUCUUAAGGAUUAUGGAAGAGCGGCGAGGACAGGAAAACUUCCAGCUUAUCGUGAUCACCCACGACGAGAGAUUUGCGCAACUUAUCGGGCAGCGGCAGCUAACGGAGAAGUACUACCGAGUGUCCAAGGAUGAAAGGCAGCACAGCCUGAUAGAAGUUCAAGAGAUUUUCGGGUAAAUAGAAUAGAAGACGGUGGCAUAUAUAGAAAUAUAUGUAGAGGUACACACUCUCUCCCGUCCACGUAAAAAAUGCUCACACAUGAGGUUUAUUUUUCAUUGAGAUGACUAAGAUUUCUUCUU